AAAACGCAGUUAGUGACAAGCUGUGCUGAGAGAUAUUUCGUUUUACCCUUUGGUCCAUGAAUAUCGUUAGGAUGGGUCGGGUCGCGAAGAAGUAUAAGAGCGACAAUACAAACCAGACGCUGGACACUGCUAAUACUGUCGGCAAGAAAAUACCAUCAAAAAGAGGAAGAAAACCAUUGAUAAAGUAUGUGGAGAAGCCUAUGGAGGAGAAGAAUGACAUAUUAUCUGACAAUGAGUCAUUGUUUGAUAGGAUGACCAGACAGCAGAAAUCUAAGAUAACUGAAGGCACAUCCUUAAAGGAUAUAACAGACAAAAAGUUCGACAAAUUAAGAAAGGAAAAAGAAGCUGUAGCUGGGCCCUCUAAUGCAGAGAUUGAUUAUUUACAAGAAGAGACACCCUUCUCAAACUCAUCACAGAACCGGAAUAAAAAUAUAAAGAUUAUGCUGAAGAUUAAAGUUUUGAAAACAACGAUAAACCAUCAGGAAGAGAUAAUUCGUCGCUUAGACACGCAGUUGACAAAUAUUCGUAUACAUGUACAGACAUUGGAGACGGAGAAAAAAACACAAAACGCAGAAAUAAAUGAUUACAAAGUGCAGCUGAGUAAUCUAAAUGAAGAAAAUCACCUUAUCGCCACGGAAAAGAAUUUUAAUAUCGAUGAGAUUCGUGCCCAGCAUAAACAACAUGAAGCAAGAAUUAAUAAAAUCAAACAGGACGUGCAGCAAGACUUGGAUAAUAGGCAUGACAAGGAAUUGUCCGCCUUUCGGAUAAAGUUAGAUCAUUACGAACAAACUACCGAAACGUUAAAGCAAAAAUUGAUAAAUUAUACAGAGUUGCAAAAUACUGUUGAGUCAAAUAUAGGCCAAAACAUUAAAACAAAAUUUGAUGAAUUAAAACUUGAAGGACAAAACGAACAGCAUAAGAAAAGUCUACAUUUCCAGAAAGAAAAAGCGUUAUUAGAUGAGCAGAUCAGGUCGUACCAACUUCAGCUGGAGCAAAUAACGUCAAAGUACAACGAGUUAAUGAAAAUUUUGGAAUCUGGAAAGAAUAUCGAACAAUCAUUGAAGGAAGAAAAUAACUCGCUAAAAAUCCAAUUGCAUGAUAUGUCGUGCAAAUAUACUGUGGCACAGUCAGCUGUUGAAAACAGACAGAUAUAUGAAAGAACUCUGAGCAAUAGAUUAGAAGAUGAAGAUUUCGAGCAAUCCUCAGUUCAGUCAAAUACUACGAAUGCGAUCGUUCGAUACGGGGGGGAAACCUUGUAUACCUCCUACGAGGAUCAGCUAGAGCGAUACUUCGAACAAAUAAAGGUAGAACAGCAAAAAGUUUUUUUACUUGAUUCAGAUUUGAACAAAGUAAACAUGAAACUAAGAGACAUUGAUAGCGAAAAGACAAUGUAUAAGGAACAACUGAAUUACAUGAAAAAUAUGUACGAAGAGUCGAUAAAAGAGGCAAGUUCGUCGAGAAAAUUCGAACAUUUGAAGUUGGAAGAGGAAAUUGCUCAGCACCAGGAGACGAAGAAAAAGCUCGAUGAAAAGAUCAAGAAAGAACAUGCAUUACUCCAGGAAUUUCACAAUUUAGAAUCAAAAUGGAUGGAAGCAAAUUAUAAACUGAAAGAAGCCGAUAUCUUGAAGAAAACACAUGAGGAACAACUGAUGGAUACAAAAAAUAAGUACAAAUAUCUAGCAGAGACAGUCGAUUCGUUGAAAGAAUACCGACAUACAACAUUAGAUGCCUUUAAUGAACACUUGAAAAAUAAGAUUUCAGAUGUUGAAAAGCAAGUAAACCUUAAAAUAAAACAUGAGGAUAGCAUCCGAAAACUGCAACGGAAAUUCGAACUAAAAGUGGAAGAAGUUCAAAAUUUGAAGGUUUAUUACAAGAAAAAGCUUAACAGACAGAAAGAAUGGCACGAGAAUAAAAUGUACGAUAGCAAGGUUAAAAGAACAGAACAUGAAGUUAACAUCCAAGCUUUGCAACAAAAAUUAGAACUCAAAGUGAAAGAAAUUCAGAAUUACGAGACAAUGCUCAACGAGCAGAAAGAAUUCUACGAUCAUCAAAUUUGCAAUAUUGAGGCAAAGAAAACAAAAUAUGCAGAUAACAUUCAAGUAUUGCAACAGGAAAUAGAAUUAAAAGUGAAAGAAAUUCAGAAUGUCAAAACUGAUUAUAAGAAAAUGCUCAACGAGCAGAAAGAAUUCUACGAGGAUCAAAUUCGUGAUAUUGAGGCAAAAAAAACAAAAUAUGCGGAUAACACUCAAGUAUUGCAACAGGAAAUAGAAUUAAAAGUGAAAGAAAUUCAGAAUAUCAAGGCUGAUUAUAAGAAAAUGCUCAACGAACAGAAAGAAUUCUAUGAGGAUCAAAUUCGCGAUAUUGAGGCAAAGAAAACAAAAUAUGCGGAUAACGCUCAAGUAUUGCAACAGGAAAUAGAAUUAAAAGUGAAAGAAAUUCAGAAUACCAAGGCUGAUAAUAAAAAAAUGCUCAACGAACAAAAAGAAUUCUACGAGUAUCAAAUUCGCGAUAUUGAGGCAAAGAAAACAAAAUAUGCGGAUAAUACUAAAGUAUUACAACAGGAAAUAGAAUUAAAAGUGAAAGAAAUUCAGAAUAUCAAGACUUAUUACGAGGAAAUGGUUACAAAACAAAAAGAGCGAUACCAGUGUCAAAUACACGAUAUUACGGCAAAAAAAUCAGAACAUGAGGUUAGCAUCCAAGCCUUGCAACAAAAUUUAGAACUCAAUGUAAAAAAAAUUCAGGAUGUUAAGACUAAUUAUGACAAAAUGCUCGAAGAGCAGAAGGAAUUGUACGAGUGUCAAAUUCAUGAUAUGAAAACAAAGCUAGAGAAUGAAUUGAAUGUACCCAUAUCCACUAUGCACCAGGCAUCAUCGAUGAAAACAAAUGAUGAAAAUAAUUGGUCGAAUAAUUUACUAAAACUGCUAAAUGAAUUCACAAGUAAUGCUAAGCAAGAAAACCAAAAGUUAGAACAACAAGAUGCCAAACUAACACGUCUUCAAGAACAACUUCAGGAAUUGAUAUCAACAAAGACAAAUAAUAGGUCGGUAACAAACCAGCAAGAUGUUUCCAACGUUAAAGAUUCAAUCGAGGAAAUGAACAGAUUAUACAACGCUCGUUUGAAGGAUGAAGUCAGUCAGAUGUUAACACAAACGCUUGAACAGCAUCAUAAGAAAGUUAAUCUUUUUGAAACAAACAUGAAUGACACUAAUGAUGUUAAAGCAUCAGAAAAUACUGAAACCAGUGAUAAUUUAUGGAAGACAUGUUUAAGACUUCAGAGAGUAAUCAAACUAUUGGUUAAUUAUAUUAUGACUUGUGAAGGUGUAAUUAACGAUAUUCUAAUCACAAAAAUUCUACAAAAGCAGUUGCCAAUAUCAACUUUCUUCGAAGGAAAAACUAUAAAUAAGACUGAUAACACAAUUAAGGAAAUCCAUUUUAUUCCAAGAUCCGACAAAAUAGUGUCUCUUAUUAAUAGCAAUAGCGAAACGUUCCUAAGUUUAAUUGAUCAAGACACAGAUGAACUAUUAAAAAUAGACCUGAGAAUUGCUUUGACACGUUUAAAGGUUGAAGCCAACGAAAUCUUCGCUGUUUUGUUACUAAAUAUCAAAGAAAUGAUUUCAUCAUCAAAUAAGGAUUUCUUUGUACGCAAAAUUAGAAAAUUUUCAGAGUUGACACAGAAUCGAGAUAAAGGCUUGAUGAAAAAUGAUCAAAAAAAAGUAAAACCAUUGGAAGAAAGCAAAAUAGAAACUAUUACGCUAGAUUGCGAAACUAUUACGCUAGAUUGCGACGAAAAUGAUCCUGCUAAGAACGAUAUUUCGCUUGUUUCAAAACAAGAAAAAGAAGAGCUAUGUGAGCAAAAUGAUGGGCUGACAGAUGAUGCUACAAAAGAAAAAGAAGAUUUGCAACAACAGAACUCAAACAAGAGAAAAGCAUCAUCUGCUUGGAGUGAAGGAACAUCGUCUCAGUGCUAAACACGUUCAUCCAAGAAAAAGACUAACUGUGCGCAUAGUCGCUAAAUGCAAUGACACUUAAAAAAAAUUGCAUACUAAAUAUAUCUACAAUUUAAAAUGACUCUUAUGCGCGAUUUUCUUUACGAAAUACAAAAAAUAGAUAGAGUAUGUGCGGCGAGAAGAUGCUUACCGAGUUUAUAUUGUUUUCGAAAAGAAUAAUUCGAUACUUUUAAACCAAAGAACAGAGCCAAAAGGAAUUCCAAGUUAUAUAUCAUCGUUGUUCUUAUUUAAAAAUCCUUCUCCACUAGAGAUGAGUAGUUCGCGAAUGAACAUAAUUCAUUAAAAUGAACUGUUUUUCUCAUCUCUAUUUCACGAUUGCCAGGUUCUGAGCACUGCAUGAGUGGAACUCAAAAAGAGGUCCGUGUGCUGGGGAUUUCCUAUUUCGAUUGGAGGCCGGUUGAUUGUUUCCAAAAAAAAGGAUCGCCAAAGAAAUCGACCAAUAAACAGUGUCAGUAAUCACUAGAUAGUCUCAACAGUCACAAUUUACAAUCCCUAAAUAGUGGAAUUAUUGUUAUAAUAUUAUAAAUAUACAUUCGAAUGAAAAAUUGAUGAUUUUUCCUAGCGAACUGAAGAUUGGUCUCGAAAUCUGGAGACCUGGCAACCAUGUUCUACUUUCCAAGAUUAAAAUAGACUCAUUAAUUUGUGUCUGUGAGAUGGAGAAUUGUAUUCGGUGAACAAACUAAUGAACAAUACUAAUUUAUAUAUACCGAAGGCUGCGUUCAUCAGAGAAAGUAGCUUUGCAACUUGUAAAAUUCUUCAAUAUAAUAUAAUUGUUUAUACGUUUAUAUCUAUCAAGAACCAAAAGUGAGAACUAAUACUAAAAAAUGUUAUAACGGUUGCAAAGCUAUUUUCUCUACUCAACGCAGCCAUUAAUUUUGAAAGUUUUUCAAC